GUCGUUUGUUUUUUUUUCAGAAAAAUUUAGAAUAAAGAAAUUUAGCAAAAUGGAGGAAGUAACAAAGCAUUCUGUACAUACAUUAGUCUUCCGUUCUUUGAAACGUUCACAUGAUAUGUUUGUUUCUGAUCAUGCUGCACCAUUGCCAGUCAAUGAAAUAGCUGCAGCAAUACGCCGAAACACGAAGAUGCGAAAUGAAUAUGGCCCCGUAUUACACAUGCCAACUGCGAAGGAUAUUAAACAGGCAUCACAGGUACAGCAGCAAGAUAAACAAAAUACACAGCAACACAACCAGAUGGAUAACGAAGUAAAAGCAUCAAAACUUGGAGCACAACAUAUACCAAUUGAGGACUCAAGUAGCCAAGCGUUGGUUGCUGUUAAUCAAAACACCAAAGCAUUGGCUACAAUGAAAAAAGCGUCAAUAAUGCCGAAACCUAAAUGGCAUCCACCUUGGAAACUUUAUAGAGUCAUAAGUGGCCAUCUUGGAUGGGUUCGGUGUGUUGCCUUUGAACCAGGAAAUGAAUGGUUUGUUACAGGGUCAAACGAUCGUACUAUUAAAAUUUGGGACUUAGCAAGCUGCAAAUUGAAGCUUUCUCUCACUGGGCAUAUAAGCACUGUUAGAGGACUGGCAGUUAGUUCGAGGAAUCCAUAUUUGUUUUCAUGUGGAGAGGAUAAACUGGUAAAAUGCUGGGAUCUAGAACAGAAUAAAGUUGUUCGUCACUACCACGGACAUUUAAGUGCCUGCUACGCCAUUGACUUACAUCCAACUAUUGAUAUUUUGGUCACUUGCGGACGAGACUCCUCUGCAAGAGUAUGGGAUAUGCGAACAAAAUCAAAUAUCAUGACUCUUGCUGGACAUUCUAACACUGUUGCAGAUGUAAAAUGCCAAAGUGUUGAACCCCAGGUUAUCACAGCAUCUCAUGAUUGUACUGUCAGGCUGUGGGAUCUUGCUGCUGGAAAAACAAGGGCAGUGCUUACAAAUCAUAAAAAAAGUGUACGGUCAAUAGCACUUCACCCUAGACAAUACACAUUUGCAAGUGCUUCUCCUGACAACAUCAAACAAUGGAAAUUUCCAGAUGGGAAUUUCAUACAAAAUCUUUCUGGCCAUAAUGCCAUAGUAAACUGUUUAGCUCUCAAUUCAGAUGGAGUUUUGGUGUCUGGUGCUGAUAAUGGAACUCUUCAUAUGUGGGACUGGAGGACAGGACAUAAUUUUCAGAGAACAAAAGCCCCUGUUCAGCCUGGAUCUUUGGAUAGUGAAAGUGGAAUUUAUGCUGCUGCGUUUGACCGUAGUGAGAGUCGCUUGGUAACUUGUGAGGCUGACAAGACAAUAAAAAUAUAUAAAGAAGAUGAUGAAGCCUCUGAAGAAACACAUCCAGUUCAAUGGAAACCAGAAAUAAUCAGAAAGAAGAGGUUUUGAAAGUACCUUACCACCCUUAACUCCAGUUUUAUAUCAAAAGUUUGGAUAAAUAGAAAUUAUUCGAACAUCUUAUUGUAUCGUUAUUGUAUCGGUAUCAAAUAUCAAUCAUAUGCACCAACCAAUCUGUAAGCAUUGCAUUGGAGAUUUGCAGAGGAGGAGAUACACCCUUAUUUGUUCGGAUACCAUAUUCCCAUUCAGGUUCAUGCUACUAGAACAAUAACUAUUAUCAUACCCAGCUUGGACUGGUAAUCUGACAAGAGACCUGGUUUGUCAUGUGGACUUGUUCGUCAUAAUUUUUCAACUUUCUUAUCCUGCAGAAUAAAUUGAAAAAAUCUUCA